AGGACCUUUUAACCUAGAAACAAAACUCUGGCCCUAACCUUAAGUAAGUCCCGCAGCGCCUACCUCCGUCAUUUUUUUGUUCUAAAUUCCCAUCCUCCUCCUCGAUGUAUGCUCUGAGAGAGUGAGCACUGAGCAGUCCAUCCUCUAUUCGACCAUUCCUUCUCCUCCAUCCUUCUCACGCAGGAGCAGGGGAGCCUUCGUCUUCGCUCUUAUCGUGCCGUCGCAAGUCCCAACCGCAGCGCUCUUCUCCGCGCAGUCGUAGCAGAGAGCGCCAGCCGUCGCGGUAAACCGAGCAGCCCUCUCUGUCGCCAAGAAGCCCUCGCUGUCACAAAGCAACCGCAUCUUUUUGGGCUGUCGCAGCAGUUCGCGUCGUCGCAGUAGGCCGUCACCGAGCAGUCCUCUCCUCGCUGGGCAAUAGCAGAAGUUCAAGCCCUCUCCUGCAACUCAACAAUGUUUUAUUCGGAGAAUCACCACCUCUACUCUCUGGUCUCUGCCGUUGCCGUCCAGCCCAGCAGCCGCCAUCGUUCUCACUCUCUUUCCCAGCAUUGUUCUUAGUCUCUCUGCAUCAUUCGUUCUCAGAGGACCGUCGUUCUCUUUGUCAUCACCGUGGUGCACCCGCAUCAUUGUCACUGCUCAGCACCGCCCUUCUCAUUACACAGCAGCAUCGUCCUCAGCAGGCAGCAGCAGCGGCAUGGUUCUCAGCGAGUCAGUGUCGUCGUCAUUGUCAGCGACAUGCCACCGUGGUGCUCCGUCUCUCCCCUUCAUUGCUGCACUUCCAGAGUUCCAUGAAGCCUCGCCCUCAGGUUUGUGAGACUGCUCCUCCUGAUGCGCAUUUGCAUUUGCACUAGCUGUUAAAAAAACACAAACAUGUUCUUCGCCACUUCAGUUUUGGGCAUGUUUUGUAAUGAGAAACUGCCACACCAUGGAGACAGGGGAGAACACCUACUCGAAUCUGUUGCGUGGAUAUGCGAAAGAUUGGAACUUGCACGGUGGAAGAGCAAUUCACGCCAGGUUCAUCAAAGGAUGUCUUCCUAUAACACUUUUUCUUCAAAACCAUUUGCUUAACAUGUAUGUUAAAAUUGGAGACCUUCCUUCUGGACGCAGAGUGUUCGACGAAAUGCCUCACAGGAAUGUGGUUUCCUGGUCUGCUGUUAUGGCAGGUUUAGUCCGAGACAGCUAUGCUUCGGAAGCUCUUUCUUUGUUUAGCCGUAUGCACCAUGAGGGACUCACAAAGCCAAAUGAGUUCACGUUUGUUAGCACCCUGCAGGCAUGCUCGUUAACCGAGAAUAUAACCUGUGCUUACCAGAUUCACUCGUUGAUCGUUCGGUCAGGACUUGAGUCUAAUGUCUUCUUGUUGAAUGCCUUUUUGGCAGCCUUGGUGAGGCAUGGCAAAUUGGCAGAAGCAUUGCAAGCUUUUGAUGCAAGGACAGACAAGGAUAUCGUGUCAUGGAAUACAUUGAUGGCAGGUUACUUGCAAUAUUCUUGGGAGGAGAUUCCUAGAUUUUGGUGUCGUAUGAACCAUAACAAUAUAAAGCCUGAUAACUUCACAUUUUCUUGCAUCCUUGCCGGAUUGGCUUCUCUAGCUCAUCUUGAAAUGGGAGUGCAAGUUCAUGGCCUACUUGUGAAAAGUGGUUAUGGUGAUGACAUUUGUGUUGGGAACUCUUUAGCUGAUAUGUAUAUAAAAUGUGAAAAGUUGGUGGAAGGUUUUAGACUUCUGGAUGAGAUGCCGAAGAAAGAUGUUUGCUCUUGGUCCCAGAUUGCGAUCGGAUGUUUACAGUGUGGCGAACCAAGAAAGGCACUUUCAGUUAUUACACAGAUGAUGAGAGUGGGUGUAAUGCCAAAUGAAUUCACCUUGGCAACUGCCCUCAAUGCUUGUGCAAGUUUGGCUUCACUGAAGGGAGGGAAACAAAUCCAUGGCUUGAGGAUUAAACUUGGAAUCGACAUUGAUGUCUGCGUGGAUAAUGCACUUCUUGAUAUGUAUGCAAAAAGCGGAUGCAUGGAUAGUUCAUGGGAUACUUUCCAGUUGAUGAAUUCUCGUUCUGUGAUCUCAUGGACAACAAUGAUAAUGGCAUGUGCACAGAAUGGCCAAGCUAGAGAAGCACUUCAAGUUUUUGAGGAAAUGAAGAAGACACAGAAUAUAGAGCCAAACUAUAUCACCUUCAUUUGUGUUCUCUAUGCUUGUUGUCAAGGUGGGUUUGUUGAUGAAGGGUGGAAGUACUUGUUCUCAAUGACCAAAGACCAUGGAAUCCUCCCUGGAGAAGACCAUUAUGCUUGUAUGGUGAAUAUCUUAGGAAGAGCUGGACUCACUAAAGAAGCUAAAGAGUUGAUCCAAAGAAUGCCAUUUGAACCAGGUGUGCUAGUUUGGCAAACACUCCUUAGUGCAUGUCAAAUUCAUGGGGAUUUAGAAACUGGAAAACUUGCAGCAGAGCAUGCCAUGUUGAAAGAAUACAAGUAUCCAUCAACCUAUUUAUUGUUGUCUAACAUGUUUGCAGAGUUAAGAAAUUGGGAUGGUGUAAUGACUUUGAGACAACUAAUGGAGCAAAAAGGUGUAAAGAAAGUACCUGGAUCUAGUUGGAUUGAACUUGACAAAAUUAAGGACAUUUGUUGAGAUCUUUUUAAAUUUCUAAUUUCGUUUUCUUGUUUUCAAUUUUACACAAAUUUUGGUUAUUUAAGUAGUUUUGACCGAUCAUUUUGUA